AUGUCCAAUGGGAUGACUCCUUUAACAUUUGCUUCAUAUUCAAAUGCACUGGCCUCACUUGUUCUGCUUCCACUCUCUUUUUUCAUUUACAGAUCUGCUCUUCCUCCGCUUUUUCUCGCUUUCGUUUGUGGGUUCUUCUUGCUUGGAUUUAUCGGGAUGGAAAAGUUCAAAAUCACAAGUAAGACCACAGUGGCUAAAUCUAUAGGGACUCUGGUAACAGUGAUUGGUGCUCUGAUCAUAACUCUUUAUCAGGGCCCUCCAAUUAUGGGAUUUUCAUCUCAUGUCUCGAAUGAUGCUUCUUCUUUUCACAUUCCCACGAACUACUCGUCUGCUUGGCUAAUCGGGGGACUGCUUCUUACUAUUGACUGUGUGGUGUCAGCAUUGUUUAUCAUUGCACAAGCCAUGGUUCUCCUAAAAUGCCAUGCAGAGCUCAUUCUCAUGUUAUUCUACAGUUGCUUUAUCGCCAUUUUAUCUGCACUAGUCUCUUUGAUUGUUGAAAAAGACUUAAAUGCAUGGAGCCUCAAACCUAAGAUGAGGUUGAUUCCUGUUAUAUACUCGGCUUUUUUUGGAAAUACAUUCCAAGUAUCGAUUAUAAUGUGGUGUGUGAGAAGAAGGGGACCUGUGUUUGUAUCACUUUUCCAUCCUUUGGGAGUUGUUUUUGCAAUGGCACUUGGUAUCAUCAUUUUGGGAGAGGCCCUCUACCUUGGAAGUCUAAUAGGAUCGAUUGUUACCGUGGUUGGUUUUUACUGUGUCAUCUGGGGAAAAGCCAAAGAAGCAAAGAUGACUAAUGAUGAUGAGGGCUCCACGAAAAACAUGGAAUCAAAUGACCAAAGGGCUCCUCUUUUACAGAAUAUCUGCGAGGGCAGAAUUAUCAGUCCAUGA